GGAUUAGUAUAUUAAUUCGUUAAUUGAAAAUUCAACUCACAGAUCGCUUGUAAAAAAUUUACAAUACGCAAGUCAUAAACAAGUGGCGAAAAAUUUGAAAAAAAAAGCUAAAAAGAAAUGUAAAUAUUUUCCGAGAAGAAAAAUGGGUAAUAAACUGAGAAAGAAUUCAGAAGGUAUUAAAGGGGACGACGAAGGCAACGUAAAACUGACAAAAUUGCAAAAAAUUCAAAAUAAUGCUGAGCAGAAAAAUGAAGCGCGUGAUAAACCGUCAAAAAAAAGAGACAAAAUAGCUAAUAUAGCACAAACGAAACGAAACGAAACGAAACAUGAAUUUAGUAAAACAGAACAAUCAAAUGGCAAUCAUUUUUUAGAAAACUCUCAAAAUCAAAACAAUCGUAAUUGCGAACACAAAACACAGGAUGCGCCAUCUAACGAAUCCAAAACUAAACUGCUCAAUAUUAACAAAAUUGAAAGCUUCGCUGCCGAUUUAUGCAAUGUUAUCACUAAAAACGCGUAUAAUACUAUCAAAGAAAAUGGGUUUAAAGCAUAUGCAAAAAAUUUAGCUGAAACAGAGAAAAAAACUAACACAUCGGAAAUCGUAAACGAAAAGAAAGAUGAAAACACUAAUGACUUUUUUCAACAAAAACUUAUAACAGAUUGUACUAUUGAUGAAAGCGUUCCUGAUAUAAAAGAAAGAAAUGACUUAAGCGAGUCCAAGAAAGAAUCCAUUAACGAUUUCAAGCAACAAGAUGAAUGUGAUUUUAGUCCAAUAAGUCAAGAAAAUGAAUCUCUUACUUCUGUAACGCACGAUUGCUCAAAUGAAAAUGGCACCGAGGCGAUACCAGCAAAUUUGAAGAAGUACGACGAAAUAAUACACAAGUUUUCAAAUGAACUGACCUCAGUUAUAUUAAAUAAUUUAUUUCUUAAGCUAAAAACCUGAUAUUUUGAAAACAAAAGUAUCACACAAGACAAUUUACAUGAGCAUAUAAAAAAAAUUCUAUAAACUUUUAAAGAAAAAUGAGUGUAAAUAAUACACGAUUUACAUUAUAAGCAACUUGGAUCAGGUCUUAGAUUUAUUUUUAGCAGGCGAUUAAUUAACAUUUAAGCUAAUUACUAAUAUUAAUUAUUUAAUAUCAAUUAAAUUUAUAAUAUUAAUAAUAAUUACUAGUAUUGAGCAAAUAAUGAAAUCAAAAGUUAAUAAUAUCGUAAUUUUCCUCAACAAUUUUUUAUCAAUUUAAUAAGCAAGUUUUUGAUAUUCUAUAGUAAAUUUGUCUAAAAAAAAAUAAAAUAAAAUAAAAUAAGCCAAAAACCUUCAACUUCAAAUAUUUUGUAAUGUAAAGAAAUCGCUUAGUAAAUUUUUAAAUACAGUUAAAUUGCUUAUAAAAAAAUAAUCGUGUAUUAUAAGAGGUGUUAAAUUAUUAUCAUGGUUGAUUAACGAGGGAUUAUCACGGAUAUUAAAUGUUUAGCAAAACUUUCAAAGUAAAGAUGGUUGCGAGGCGCAAAAUCUAUUAAAUUUAUUUAAUCCAGUUAUUUUUAGAAGCAAUAAAUUAGAUUAUAAAUUUGUAGUAAAUAUGAAUAAUAAAACAACAAUAUAUUUUAAUAAAAUUUUUUGUCAAAA